AUGCUCUCAGCGACGAGCCGUACAGCAUCGCGACCACGACCUCCAGGUCAAAGGCGACCUUCGCCCGAGCACCAGCCUGCACCUACACUGGACACAGACACCUGCAUAGACGCUCAUCUUGAACACCCAAAGUCAAAGCCAUCUCGUACGGCUCUUUCCGACAUGAAAAACCUCGUGGAUCUCAAAUCCAGUGAACCAUUCGAUUUCGACGUCGAUAAGCUCGUGCCGCGCUUGAAGCAUCAUGAACAAGUGCCGGCCCAUGAUUCGCCUGCUUAUCCACACGAAAAUGCUCCACAAGACGCCGCUUUUGAGCCAGAGUCGCUCACACCAUCCACAUCCGAGGAGGUCCUCGACCAUGCCUAUUUAGGAGGACUUGAUCGCUACGAGCUCGAAGAGCUUCUCAUCGAAGCAAGUCGUAAGGUGCGCCAACGCGAGAAGAAGCUCGUCGUUGCUGCCAACAUUGGCAAAGCAUUACUCGAAAAGAAUCUUAACCUACGCAGCGGCAUCAUGACGAGCAUGGCUUCCAGCUCUAACCUUGUCGGCCUCACCGAUAUCGAAGCCAUGAUCAACGACAUCUCAGACCCUCAAGAUCCAGCUUACCUGCGCCAACAGGACGACGUUGACAACCACACGCCCUACUCGGCUUCUCACCCUAUCAACUCACCUCCGACUACCGACAUCGACAUUCAUUCGCAGGGUCAUCUCUCACCACGUAGGUCCGAUACCGACAUCACGCCUUUAGCCCAGCCUAUCGCGCUCCCGAGCACAGAGCUCGAUUACUUCAGCAGACCGGUCUCUACUGCUCUUCAGACGUCUCAUCGUUCACAUGCUUCCAUGGGCGAUGCUCACUCGCAUAACUCGGACAAAUCCAUGUGGGUGCCAAGCGAUGCCGGCCUCAUCACCUCACAGCCAUGCUCGCCGAGCGCCUCCAUCUCGAGCUUCGCCUCUCAUGCCCUUCUUUCACCCGCUGACACCAUGUCCCGCGUUCACUCAAAAAGAGACGCAUCCAGCAGCAGACAUCGGUCGCGACCUUCUCUGCUGCAACUGCAGACCUUGGAAGCGCAAAGGCAACUCGCUUCCCUCGGCGAGCAGAACGACGUCCUCCAUCAGCAGAUCUCAGAGCUCCAGCAUGAAGCCGAGAGCGCCCGCUACCAAGGCAGCAAAAAGCUCGGCAGGCUCAACAAAGAGAUUCGUGGCCUCAAAGCAGAGUUAGAAGCAGCUACCCGUCGCAACGUUGAGCUCGAGACUCAUGGCCAUCCUUCUCGCCCUACCUCUGCCACAAGGUCGCCUUUGCGACAUCCUGUAGCUCACCAUCGUCAAGACCCUGCCUCUCCUUUGGUUUUCCCCGCAAAAGCUCGUCACACAACAGUAGCAUCGACUCUCGCAUCCGCCGAACCUAGAGCCAUCGCAGAAGAGCCGAGUCCAAACCAUCAUGGACUUGUGCCCUCAACAUCCAACUUGGAGGACCUCGUGCGCUCAGCACUGACUACCGAUGGCGAAAGUGCUUUACUAGCUCAACUGCUCGCCAAGAUCAAAGAAUUGGAGGAAACCAACUCUGCCAUGGCUAAGGCCGAGGAAGACUUUGGCAGCAGAAUGGGUCGCGCGAUGGAAGAAGACGAGCGGCUUCGUGAUGCUUUCAACACUGUCGGUCAGGACCUCAGCGUCGAUGCCAUAGCACAGGCAUCCUGCACUAGCCCUGGAAAGACUCAAGGUGCAUCCGGUCCCUUAUCCAUGAUGUGCAGCCCGCCGAAGCGAACCAGCCUUCAGUCUGGCUUCAUCACUCCUUCUCACUGUCUCCGCAGUCUUGAUUCGGUCGAAUCCGCCGACGCGCCAAGGCUGGUGUCGUCUGCGUCGCCCAACGCAAGACGUAGAGCCCCGGGCAACCGCCAUGUGAUCGAGCACCGCAAGACGGUCAAGUUAGCCAUUCGUCGAGCUAAGAAAGAGCUGGCAGCCGACAUCUGGGGUAUCCAUGGCGAUGAAUCUCCAGUCACUGAUGGGCGCUUAUCGCGAUCAUCAACAGAGCGGUCUCUUGGCACAUAUUCCAUCGACCUGUGCGGCAGCGGCAGCGCUUCAUCUUCUCCUCGACAAAGGGGCCUGAACAGGAAAGCUUCGUCCAACUCGAUCGCGCUCGGCCCCGCGGGUAGACCACGGAUUCGUAUCACGCCUUCAAUUGAAGACCUUGGCUGUCGACGAAAAAUGCAAGAGCAGGUCAUCGCUGGUCCACCUCUGGAAACAUCCGCCGCAGCAGACUGGCAAGAUGUCGCCAGUCCCAUCACCCCCGCUUUUCCUCAACAUUCUUCGCUCAGUCCUUCCUAUGCAAUACAAGCAUACUCGAGUCGAUCCCAGCGCAUCGAUACCCAGGACGAUAACGUCAAGGACAGUUGUCCUGCGAACGAGAACCCGAGCAAGCUGAAUGCUGUCUCUCAGAGGAACGACACUACACCCUACUUGUCUCCCAUGAAACAAAUGUCGUUCCAUCCAACAGCACGUGUUCGCAGGACAAGGUCUAAAACCUCAUCCUUUGGAUUGGAAGCAAGCUUGAUCCGACAAAGCCCGGAUCCUUUCAUCAGCCCCUCGUCGGCCUGGAGUCGGCCUGUGUUGCAGCGCAGUCCUGCUUCUGCCUCUUCCCAUCACGGCAGGACACUCGGCAGUGAGCUUGGUAGCAUUUUUGGCGGCGACGAUCGCAAGCACGAUUUCGACGACGACUUACCGCAACAUCGUAGACCUGCCACUUCGUCCAGCUCGGACUCCGACAAGACGACGCUACAGCCUCUGGUGCUGCGCUCUGUCAGCUCUACAUCUGCCUUGGAGCUGCGUUCCAAGAUCAUCACCGAGGUUAAGUCGGAUCGUCCUACUGCCCAUUAUGGUCGACUCGUUCCUGAGAACAAGCAAGAACAGGAGGAUGAUCUCGAAUGCGUGUUAGCACAGUCGGUAUAUGGCAAUGUCGAGGACGUUUUCUCGGACGAUUCUCCUCUUCGUCCUCGCGAUGCGGCCCUGCUCGCGCGCGUCGAAGCACGAGAGCAAGGUAACUGGCUGGCUGACCAGCCCAUCAUCGAGGAGGGUCAACUGCAAGGAGGAGACGAGCCUCGAGGGGCACAAUUCGAUCUCAUCAACGCCGUGGUCGAGCAGGAAGCAGUGGCAUGGGCUGACGAUGACGACUACGGUCGAACUAUCAGCCAGCGCGAAGCUGUGAGGCUCGGUCUCUUGGCUCCUGGUACGUCUCCUCUCGCUAGCCAAAGCGCUCGACUCCUCAAGGGCAAGUCAAACCAGGGGGCUUCCAUCUUUGGCAUGUCUCGAGCAUUCAACAGUAAGAAGCAAAAGCAAGGUGGAGCAAGCAAAGACGUGACUCACUUCCGUCUCGAGAUCGAGUCUUCAGAGCAGAUUAAGCAUCGCCUCCGCAUUGAGUCGCUGCUGCGAAGACGCCGUCAAGAUCUUCUGCGCGAGCGCGGCUUCGACCACGAAUGGGAGUACGAUGCCCAUGAUGAGCAGCACGAAGAGCAGAUCCUUGCUACGUACGCACCAACGCCUCAGAAACUGCAAGAGAAGAGGAGGCAGGCUCUGGCGGCUGGUCCCACAGAUGCAUUGCCCUCCCGCCGAGACCCGCGACGAUCCACGCAGAGGUGGAUGCGGGACGUGGCUUGCAUCUCGCCGACCAGAAAGGGGCAACCCGCAUGCGAAGCUCUAGACCUCGAAUGCGACCAGGAUCGAAGCCUGAUGGGUCUGGACUUUGUUCGUCCUGAAGAUGGCGAGUUUGAGCUUCUGGAUUGCCCCACUUGGAAGAAGCAAGGUGGUCGCGGCACAGACUACUUCCCAACAUCCUUCCGCGCCCGCUAUCAUCCAGCCAUGGUCAAGCAGAGGGUCGUGCAUGUGUCUCAGGCCACGUACGGUUGGGUAGAGGAGUGGGUACAGUUUGUCUUUGUUGUCUUCCUCACUUUUGUUGUCGUGGUUGAGCGAGGUCCAAAUCGCAGCGUGCGCCGUGGAAAGCCCACACCACCUGCUCUUGCGACCUUGCUGCCCAAGGCAGAUUGA